CUUGAAUUAUUGCCGAAAGCCAUGAUAUGUCCACUCUAUAGAUACAUCCUAUUGAGCAUUGCUAUUCUCAACUUUUGGGUUUAUUAAUUCUCUAAAUGGAAGCGCCAACCCAAUAUUUUUUAUGGUCGAUCUUCUUCUUCACAGCCAUCGCCAUACUUCUAAGACGCAGUUCCUCGAGGAACUUAGCUCUUCCUCCAGGUCCAAGACCGCUCCCAGUGCUAGGCAACCUUCUCGAGCUAGGCCAAAAUCCUCACCGCUCGUUGGCCCUUCUUGCUCGAACCCAUGGACCAGUCAUGUAUCUCAGGCUCGGCAGCAUCUACACAGUCGUCAUCUCCUCUCCAGCCUCCGCAAAAGAAGUCCUUAAAACAAAAGAUCACUCCACCUCCGCCCGACAAAUCCCAGAUGUCAUGCAAGCCGUCGGUCACCACCAGGUCUCCGUAGCAUGGCUGUCCCCAAACCAAUCAUGGAGAUAUCUCCGCACUCUCAUGAAGGCCAAUCUCUUCAACGCACGGUCUCUCGAGGCAACCCAACUCCUUCGCCGGCGAAAGGUUCAGGAACUCAUCGAAUAUAUCAAGGGGAAGAAUGGGGAGAUCGUGCACGUUGCUCGGGCAGCCUUCUGCACUGUCAUCAAUCUAAUAUCUACCACCUUCUUGUCCAUGGAUAUGGUAGAUAUUUUCAAGUCUGAAUCAGCGCAAGAGCUGAAGGAUUUGAUGUCGGGAAUAAUGGAAGAGGCGGGGAGCCCUAACCUCUCCGACUUCUUCCCUUUUUUGGCUCCGAUUGACCUGCAAGGCCGUAGGCGCCGUUUUAAAGCAUACUUUAAGAAAUUAAAUGAUUUUUUCGAUGUGGUGAUGGAUAAUCGAUCGGCAGGAGAUGGUGGAAGAACGAAUCAUGACCUUUUAGAUGUUCUUCUUCAACUAAACCGAGAAGAAAAUUCCAAGCUUAACAGGAGAAUCAUAAAAUCCUUACUGAUGGAUUCUUUUGUCGCUGGAAGUGAGACUAGCUCGACUACAGUAGAGUGGGCGAUGGCGGAAUUGCUUCGCAGGCCGGAAUUGAUGGCGACGGCUCGGGACGAAAUCGCGACAGUAAUUGGGUUGGAGAGGGAAGUGGAAGAGUCGGACAUGUCGAGUCUACCAUUCCUCCAAGCGGUGUUGAAGGAGACACUCCGGCUUCAUCCGCCGGUUCCGCUUUUGCUGCCUCGCAAAGCAGAGGCGAGCACGGAGAUAAAUGGCUACAUGGUGCCGAAGAGGAGUCAGUUGCUUGUGAACGUGUGGGCGAUUGGUCGAGACGAGCGGGUUUGGGAGAACCCCGAUUGCUUCGUUCCGGAGAGAUUUCUCGGAGGAAGCGAGAUUGGCUUCGACGGACACCACUUUGAGCUCUUGCCGUUUGGUUCGGGACGGCGUAUCUGUCCGGGGCUCCCAUUGGGUGUUCGGAUGGUGGAGCUCAUGCUCGCCUCGCUCUUACAGUCCUUCGAAUGGGGUUUGCCUGACGGAAUGAAGCCCGAGGAUUUGGAUCUCACCGAGAAGUUUGGUCUCACACUCGUCAUGGCUGCUCCCCUUAAGGCUAUAGCUAGUCCUACCAAACUCAUUUAAAUGUUCGUACUUGAAAACUCGUAGUUUUGCAAAUACUUUUGUUUCUGCAUGUUAAAUAAUUCGUAUGAUAUUGAUAUUCACCUCG